AUGAGCGGCGUCUUCGUAACAAUUAUGACAGUCUUUGAAAUUACUGGCAACGUACAGAAGCGGUUUAUCGAGGAUGCCGCGCUCCUCCACAUGCUUGACCCAGUGCGGGGCAACCCCACCUCUCAUAGCCUCGAUCGUCAUCCCCACGAUACAGAUGUGUCCCGGGAAGUUUUCCUUAUACGGAAGUUUCUCGAUUCUAUGGCCCUCCUGGCCUCGACACACAGAGAUGGCGAUAGAGUGUCGGCCGCAACCAUGGAAUUGGGAGCGCCAGAGGGAACGAUCGUUCGCAUUGCCAGCAAUGCCGGGGUGUGCAACUCAACGCUACUUCGUCUUCGAGACUUGAUGGCGGAUCUAAACGUCGCUUCCACUAUGGUUCUGACACUAGAACGAAAGGCAGAUAUCUUGAUAAAAAUUAUUAGCCUCGAUAUAGAGAAAAUCCGUCACUACUUUGCAGAGCUUCGGAAGGUUCAGUCACAAAUCUCUGCGAUAGAGAAGGUCUUGCCGCAACUGGAUUCGGAGUUUGAACCUGCUGGAGUCCAGCAAUUCUCGUCGUGGCUGAGAAACCUCGUUGCUGUCACGGCCGUUCCAGCGAACGCUUCUCCUUUACGCUUGCUGCCUCACGUCCAGUGGGCCGAGAAAGCAAAAUGGGAGUACUCUAAUUACCUUGAAGCGGUCUUCUCUGUCCAAGGUUCCCAACUGCCGCGGUGGAUAUACAACAUAUAUAAACUGGGUAGAUACGCAGUUGCAUCGAGAGCGCUAUGUCAGCUUGCGGCGGAAUACCCUGAUUUGUUCUGUCCAAUGCGGGUUGAGACUGUCCAAUCCUCCCCGAAACUCAUUUUUUCGAUUCCGGAUACCGAACAGCCAUUAAGCCAAGUCCUCCGCAGAUUAGUUGGAGAUCGUGAGGACGAUGAGACUGGCCAAGGUUUGGAGCGUUCCUAA